UUUGAUGGUGAUGGUGAUGGAGGAAAUCUUUCAAAAGUCAACAAUCAUCAUCAACAACAACAAUGUUUGAUUAAUUUCAUCAAAUUUAUUGCUCAUAAUCGAUCAAAAUUGGAACAUUUAUUGCCGAAAGAUUUUCUUGCAAAACGAUGGAAAGAAAUUUUACAUACAAAUUCGAUCGAAUCAAAUGAUUGCAUCGAAUUCAAACAGCAUAUUGAUUCAAAAUCUGGUUGGAAAAAAUUGUUUAAAUCGGAAGAACAAUUUCAAAAUUUUAAAAUCAUUUCCGAUAAAAUGUUUCAGACUGAUGAAAAGAUGAUGAAAAAAUUCGAUAAUUGUGAUCGAUGUAUCGAUACAAUCGAUUUAUUAUUGAAUCCAAUUCUUGAAUCAAUUAUCGAUUCGAAUGAAUGGCAAAAUUAUCUAAAUGAAUGUUUGAUACUUUUUCGUGAACAUUAUACAGAUUUAUCAAAGGCAAAAUUCUAUAUUCAUAUUUUAAUGAAAAUGGUUCAAGAAACUACAAUGGAUUCAAAACAAAAAACACAAAUUUUAAAUGAAAAUUUUAGUGAUUUAAUCGAAAUAAUGUUAUUGAUAACAUUUUUGGUUAAUAAUAAAUUAAUGAUCACCACUAUUGAUAACAUGGAUUAUUUACAACAAUUAAAAUUGAAAAUUUUAGAAUUCAGUCAUCAUUCAUUGGAACGAUUCAUUCGAUUUGAUAUGAUAACGAAUCAACAUUUAUUUCUUAUCUAUAAUCUAUGUAUCGAAAUGAAUAUCUUUGCCUACUGUAGUAGUAAUGGUUCAAUUGGAUUAUAUUGUGAUUUAUUCGAUCGAAUACAAAUGAUUAUACAAUUGAUUUUAUCUAAACGACCAUAUUUAGCUUUUGAAUCAAUGUGUACCGGGCGAACAAUAUUACGAACAAAUAUUGCAUCAUUAAUACGAAUAACAUCUGAUCGAAAACAAUUUGGUAAUGCAACCGAUACGGAUAAAAUUCGAUUAGAACAAUGUUCCAAAUCCAUUCAACAAUCUGUUAAUCGUUUAAUACAAUUUUUGGAAUUUCAACCAUAUGUUCAAUCAAUGAUUAUUGAUUAUUUAGAACUUUUAUUACAUAAUACACCAAUCGAUUUACGAAUCAAAGAAAAUUUACAACAAUCAAUUUAUCAACUAAUUGAUUAUCUAAUCAAACAAAAUAAUGGUAAAAAGAAUUUGGAAAAUCUUUAUUCACGUUUGAAUGAAAAAUCAAAAGAAUUAUUUCGAAAAUUAUUAGAUUAUCAUGAUCAUUAUUAUCGAUUUAAAGGAUAUGUUUAA